AUGGUCUCCAGAGGAGUCUGUACCAUGGCCUCCAUCUCUGAGCUCGCUGGCAUCUACUCGGCCUUCAUCCUGCAUGACGAUGAAGCAACCGUCAGGGAGGAUAAAAUCAAUGCCCUUAUCAAAACAACCAGUGUGAAUGUUGGACCUUUGUGGCCUGGAUUAUUUGCAAAGGCCCUAGCCAAUGUCAACAUUGGGAGCCUCAUCUGCAACGUAGGGGUUGGUGGGCCUGAUCCUGCGGUUGGUGCUACACUGCUACCCAGGCUGAGAGGAAAGUGGAAGCCAAGAAAGAAGAGUCAAGAGUUUGAUGUUGACAUGGCUUUUGGUCUUUUUGAUUAA